UUGAGGACAACCCCCACGAUCGGUCUUUGAGUCAACCUUUGAGGACGACCACGAUGUUGUCGCCUUGAAUUAGAUCCGUCACAUGUGUAUAUAAGAGGGACGGCUUCAUCAAUUCAACAGGGCUUUUCAUCUUCAUUUUCUUCAAUCUCAUCUCGAAUUCUCAUCUCGCAUUGGUAUUUCCCCUCGCUUCUCUUUCACGCACCGACAGUAUCAAUAGCGCACCGUUCGCAUCCUCAUACGUCCAGAAGUUCCUGUGGCUAACCCCUCGACAUCGAAUCUCCCGGUCCCAUCACGGCGCGCGUCUAAGUUCAAAGCACAGUAAACAUGACCAGCCCGGACCCUCAAGAUGACUCCAGCGUUGCUCCUGAGACUGCUGACGAGGACAUGGUCGAGUGGGUGGACAACGGGCUCAGGCUCAGACUUGCGCCCUUCGGACUAGAAGAAUUACAGGAAUAUGUGCCCGGCGGUUAUCACCCCGUUCACCUGGGCGACGUGCUUGGUGAUGCAUAUCGCAUCAUCCACAAGCUCGGGCAUGGAGGGUUCGGCACGGUUUGGCUCGCACGCGAUCUGAGCGCCAAAGAAACAACCAAGUAUGUGGCCUUGAAGAUCCUCGUAGCCGACGCAUCUGGAGACGACUGCCCCGAGUUGCUCAUGGAUCGCCUCGCUGGUCAAAUAGGCAAAGUAGAGGGCCUUGGAGACCUCUGCUUCCCCCUUAGCCGGUUCAAAAUUGAGGGUCCGAACGGGUCUCACCUUUGUUUCGUCUACCCUGUAUUGGGCCCUCGAGUUUCGUACGGAGUUUUUCGAGAUUCCGAUGAUCUGGAAGAAAUUCUGCGACGUGUGUGCUACGGUGUUACGGCGGCGAUGGCCUUACUGCACCAUCUGGGUAUCUGUCACGGAGACUUCAGACCACAUAAUAUUCUGCACCCGGUCACUGGCCUUGACGGGCUUUCGGAAGAAGAGGUCCUGGACAUCCUUGGUAAACCCAGGCGCAACCCCGUCUUUAACGCGAACGGGCUAUCGAGAGAAGAGGUCCUAAACAUCCUUUCUGGGCGCAGUCGCACCCCCGUCCUUGACGCCAACGAAAAAGAGAAUACUACUAUGCACACCGGCCCCCGAUAUCUCGUCUACCCGGUUGGAUGGGAUGACGUAGAUAUCGCAUACAUCCUCAAGACCGCCAAGAUCAUCGACUUUGGUGAGUGCUUCGACAUCGCCAAACCCCCCGAGAAUGUCGGUACACCAGGAUGCUACCGCGCUCCGGAGCUGCUUCUCGAACGCAAGGUCGGUAUCCCCUCUGAUCUUUGGGCAUUAGCCUGCACCUUGUUUGAGAUCCGGACGGGGCGAAAGCUCUUUGAAGCUUUUUUCGACGAGGACGACGACUACCUCGGGGAUAUGUGCGAUGUCCUCGGCAGGCUCCCGGAACCGUGGUGGUCCACGACGUGGGAGGCUCGAAGACAAUUCUUCAAGGACGAGACGGAUGAGCAUGGUCGGGUCGUUUCAGUUCACGAACUCAAGACCUCUGUUCAUGAUGAUAGUAAACGUGACUAUGUUGUUAUCUCAUCGGGCCCCCCAGAAGCACGUUCCCUUGUGGACAAGAUCGGGCAUGGGAUGAUGUAUAUGGAGGGGAGCUUCUACAAGGACAUCGCGGACGAGGAGAAGCCUGUCUUUGCCGAUCUCCUUGGAAAACUGUUGGCAUUCACCCCAGAGAACAGGAUCAGUGCCCAGGCAGCUUUGGAGCAUGAAUGGUUCAGGAUCUAGAGUAGAAAUACUUACUAGUAAUCGAAUGUCCUAGCGCUCUCGUGGAUACUUCAACCCAGCUAUACGCAAAUUUAUG